AUGUAUAAAAUAACACCUCCUUCUCAAUAAACCUAUAAAGGUCCAAAAUUACAAUAAAGUCCAAUAAGACAAUUGUAAAAUAAUGAAACAUUAACUGAAGAUGUUUUGUAGAGUUCAUCUGAAUAAUAUCGAGAAUAAUUAGAAUAGAUGCUUGAUCUGAAACCAAGUAUAAGGAAUUUUAAAUAAAACAACAAUAACAAUAAAUCUGAUUUGUGGAAUACUAUAAAAUAAAUUGAAAAGAGAAUGCAAGAAUAAGAACAUAAUUUAUAAAGAGUCAAUAAUGAAUAACAAGAAGAAAUUAAUAAAUUAAAAAGUGAAAUAAAAUAAUAGAAGCAAUAAUAUGAGUAAGAAAUAGAAGAAAUUAAAUAUUCAUCAAGAAUUUAAAGCUAAAAACCUUAAUCUUCUUAUCAUUCAUAUACUCCAAAAAAUACACGUGAAUACAGUUAUAGAAGUGUAAGCAAUAAUAAUUUAGAGGAUUUAUAAGAAAAAAAUUAUUUAUAAUAAAUGAUACAAGAUUUAAGAUAAUAGAUCUUAGUUUUACAACAAAAAAAUUAUUAUACUCCUAUUUAAAAUACAGAUAAUAUUUGGGAAUAGAAAUUUAAAUAAUUAGAAAAAUAAAAAGAAACUGAAUUGUAAAUGAAGGAUUAACAUCAUAUAGAACGUAUACGUAAUUUAGAAACCUAAUUAAUAAAUCAAAAAUAAUCAUAUGAAAAUGAGUUAUUUGCAAUCAGAAAGAUUUUGGAAGAAAUAAAUAAAGAAGAUUCUCUGCUUAGAAAUUAAAAUUAAUAAUUCUAAAAGGAAUUAAACUCUUACUUAAAUUAAGUAAUGUAUUAUAAUAAAUUAGUUUAAUAUAUUAUCAUAAUAGAUUUAAUAAUAAAAUCAGUAAAUUUAGUAAUAUUAAAUAUAAAUAUAGUAAUUAUCUAAUCAAUUAUAACAGCAAUAACCAAUUAAUUAUUAGAAUCAGAAUCAAUAAUUAUUAGAAUUAGCAAAUCAACUACAAGCUUUAACUCAUCUUUUAGAUAAAAAGAAUCAAGAAUGCGAAUAUUAUAAAUAGAGAUCAAUAUAGAAUUUGUAGUCUCAAUAACAGAAUCCAUAAAUAAUAUCUUAUCGUUAAGCCCUAACUCCUACAAGAUAAAAUACAUUAUAACAAUCUUCUGAUUCAAUUGUCUUUCCUACUUUAAAUAAACAAUAAAUCUUAUAGCAAUUUUAAUGA